CUGACUGUGAGUCCCAGCAGCUCUCAGUUCUUUGAAGGAGACUUUGUGUCUCUGAGCUGUGAGGAGGACGACAGCUCUGCUGGAUGGACUCUGAGGAGAAACACAAGCAAACAACAGAGGACUCAGUGUGGAGAUGGGUGGGGAAAACAAAGUAAUUCAGCAAAUUCUUCCUGUAACAUUAUCUACAUUUACACAUCAGACAGUGGAGUUUACUGGUGUGAGUCCAGAGAGGGUCCCAUCAGUAACAUGGUUAACCUGACAGUCACUGGUGGAUCAGUGAUCCUGCAGAGUCCUGUCCUCCCUGUGAUGGAGGGAGAUGACGUCACUCUGCUCUGUAAAACAAAGACCACUCCCUCCAACCUCCCAGCUGCUUUCUAUAAAGAUGGCUCCCUCAUCAGGAAGCAGCCUACAGGUCACAUGACCAUCCAGCAUGUUUCCAGGUCUGAUGAAGGCCUCUACAAGUGUGACAUCAGCGGUCAUGGAGAGUCUCCAUCCAGCUGGAUCACUGUCACAGACAAACACACCACCACACCUCCACCUACAUCCACACCUCCACCUACAUCCACCUCUCCUCCUGGUUCCACCUCCAUCAUUGUUCCUCCAUCACUCUCUCCUGUUCUCUCUGUGGUGCCAUGUGUUGGAUCAGUCUGUGUUGUGGUUCUACUGGUGUUACUGGUUCUGCUGGUGAGACGAUGUGUUCACAGGAAACCUGAAGCAGAUCAGAAAGAAGCUGGAGAAGGUGACAUCAUUACUCAUGUCAUGCACAUCACCAUUAAGAUAUCAAAUAAUCAGAAACAGCCAAUCAGAUGA